AGGAACUAAUUCGUGGAAACGCGAUAAAUUACAGGGAACCAGUUUACACAAGCCUUUCUGUAUUCGUGACUGCACAAGUUUAGCAAGGGUCACCAGCCUGGUGUAGACUUAUGCAAUAGCAAGGUGGGGGAUACAGAAUUAUCAAUGAUGACGUCAGGAGACAACCUCCUCGUUGCUGCUAUUGAUUUUGGGACUACGUUUUCCGGAUAUGCCUUUUCCUUCCGACACGACUAUGAUCUGAAUCGUUUGAAUAUCUUUGCAAAUACGUCGUGGAUAGCAGGUGGUGCCGGACUGGUCUCCUGGAAAACUCCAACAACUCUUCUCCUCAACGCUGAUCAAUCAUUUAACUCGUUCGGUUACCAAGCUGAGGAAGAUUACAUCGGUAUCCUGGACAACGAUGACGAAGAUCCAGACAACUACUACUACUUCAAAAGAUUCAAAAUGUUACUCCAUGGAAAAUUGACGCUGGACAGAAAUGUGAUGAUAAAGGACAUUGGUGGUAAAGAGAUGCCAGCUUUGGAUGUCUUCUGUCACUCAAUCCGUUACCUCAAGGACAACCUAAUGACGACGCUGGAGAACAGAAGCAUUGACAUCAAAGAGGAGGAGAUCAGGUUUGUUCUCACCAUCCCGGCCAUUUGGAACGAACCAGCUAAGCAGUUCAUGAGGGAAGCAGCCGUCAAGGCGGGAAUAUUAUCGAGGAAUCUUGUCCUUGCUCUGGAACCGGAAGCUGCGUCACUCUACUGUAAACAUAUUCCUGUAGACCGGAUGGACACCGGAAACCCAGGGGAGACUUCUAUAAUUCCGUUCCAGGAAGGGAUGAGCUACAUGGUUUUAGAUUUGGGAGGGGGUACCGUUGACGUCACAGUACACCAGGUGACAGGGGAUGACACACUAAAAGAGCUGUUCAAGGCCAGUGGGGGUGCUUGGGGAGGAACGAGAGUCGAUCAAGCCUUUCAAGCCCUGCUCAAGAACGUUGUCACGGAAACAUGUUUCGAUGCCUUCUGUCGAGAUAACCGACCGGAUCUUUUAGAUUUUGAAAGAGAGUUAGAACUUCGGAAGAGAACUGUGGUCGAUUCUGCUCGUAAACCUGUGGUAAUGAAAGUUCCCAUAGCGCUCCCGACAACUUACGAAGAUAUGACCGACAAAUCCCGAGAUGAUGCCAUUAAGGAAUCAAUCCACAACGGAAAAAUCACAUUCAAAAGAGACAAAAUGCUUAUAGAUGUCGAUUUAUUCUGCGGGUGUUUUACCGACUGUACAGAAAGUAUCAAAGGUCACGUGGAGGACAUUCUAAAAAGGCCGGAAAUAAACGGCCAUCUUGACGCCAUCAUUAUGGUGGGAGGAUUCUCAGAAUCUGCCAUAAUCGUGCAAUCUCUUCGAAAGGCAUUUCCGGGGAUGCGCGUGAUCGUACCACAGGAUGCGGGGUUGGCUGUUGUGAAAGGCGCCGUUCUCUAUGGACAUUGCCCAACAUCCAUCUCAUCACGGGUUUGUAAAUUUACUUAUGGAAUAGCAGCAAAGGCCACUUUUAAACCAGGUAUCCACCCUGAGAGUCAAAAAUCGGAGAACAAUGGGAAGUUUUAUUGCAAAAAUGUCUUUGGAAAAUUCAUAGGAAUUGGUGAAAAUGCCGGAAUAGGGCAAACCGUCAAACAGAGUUUUGGUAUCACCAGUUUGACCGCGCCCGUUGUCAUAGAGAUCUUCGCGUCUACUGAGCCCAAUCCUAUCAUGGUGACUGAUGAAGGAUGUACAAAGAUUGGAAGCAUCACUGUCCGUCCACCGGAAGCUGGCUGGAAACCGGAUACGGACCUUGAGGUAGACAUGGAUUUCGGUAGCGCCGAGUUUACAGUGAGUGCGUGUGAUGCGAAAAAUAAGACAGAUUCUUUCUCAACGACCUUCGAUUUUUUGGAGUGAAUGAGCAAUAAGGAACAUUGGGGGAAUUAAACCCAGAUAGUUUGUAGAUAGCAUCUAGUAAUUUGAGUGUAACUCUGACAAACUUCGAUGGGAUCACAGAUAUGUAACAAUCCCUUAAAUCAACAUAAACGUCGUGUUUGAAAUAGUUGCAGACGUGAAUCAGUCCAUGAUGAUGUAAUUCGCUGUCUGCCAGUGUUUGGCCAACUUGGCCGUCAUAAAUGUACUCUCGUAAACAUUUACACCAAUGCUAAAUACGCCCAUCGAGAUAGAGAACCCACAGAUUUGAGACUUCUCUAGGGAGAAACAAUUCUGAAAACAAAUAAUAAAUCUGGAAUUCCACUUGUAGAUGUCGGGAACCGAACCAUGACCGUCUGUAUAUAAAAAGGUACAAUUACGUACACUAUGUAUAUAACAAUACAACACAAGAAAACUACGUCUAUUAAGGAGAACUUCGGGGGAAGUUAUACCAUACCUCGAGGGAUCCUAAGGCAUGUAUUGCAAAUAUUUUAUUGUAGUUUGAAAAAGUAUUUGCAUUUAUGUAAUUUGUCCAGAAAGUGCUUCUGUCAAUAAUGUUUCGUCUAGAUACCUUGUCAUUGAAUGUUUUCAUUUUUUAUUGAAAUAACGUAAUAUACGUGACCUUCAAUGUAAUAUCUCUCGAUAAAGGUCUUCAGUUUAUCCUCGAGUCGCAAUAUUUCUAGUACAGAAGACAACGCAGAGCGGGUGCCAUUAAACUCAGAUUGACUUGAGAAACGCCACAAGAGCAUGCCGAAACACUUCGCAUUGCAAUAAGGUCCUAAUAUUACUGUCUCCUGUAUACAGAUCCCAUCAACAGAUGGGAAUAUGCUAAACCGAGGACCGCAUCCAAUCACUAUUCUAGAAGUUAACAUAGAACUAUCGAACUUUAACUAUCCUCUUUAACAGACGUUUAUCAGUUCGUAUAUAUCACCAUGUAUGCAAUGAUUAUGUACUUUUUAAGACGCUUGUUUGUUAACAGAUGUGUAUCAAAUGUUCUGUUAUUAAGUAUGACUUAUAUAAUUAAUGGUUUUCAGUUUUGUUAGAACAUUUAUUUCUAUUAUGACCAUCACCAUCAUGACAACAAGGAGUAUAUGUUUCUGAUGGAGAGUGCGACAGCCCCGACUACAGUAACAUAGCCCCUUAACGCAUUAUCAGCGUUGUAUCUUUGUGUUAUACAUACAGUUUAUAUGGAACAGUUGUGUUUGUGCUGCAAAACAUUUGUUCCUUAAUUCUAAAUCCUCUCUGACAUAACUCAUUUUAAUGUUUUAUAUAGUGGAGUUCUGUAAAAUAUCAGCGGCAACCCAUUUCUAUCUUAACAUGUAUUGCUGUCUUGAUUCUGGAUAACAUUUUUGUUUUAUUUUUGUAUUCAUUUAUCUAUUUUUCUUAUAUUUUUUCUAAAUAUAUGUGUGAAUGUGUGAAAAUAUACUAAUCAAAGUAGUGUUGUUGUUGUUGUUCCAAGUGUUUUCUUAUUGACAAAAUAUAAGAAUAAAAAUACAUGUAGCUGAU